GUGGGUGGGAGAAAUAAAGGGCAGACAGUGGAGGCCCGUCCCCGUUCGUGCACCCUGAAAUGGCUCAGAGGCAGGACAAGCAGAAAGAGGAUGCUCCUUUGAUGGCGGAAGGCAAGUCAGACUCGGAGGUUAAGCUCAUUCUGUACCACUGGACUCAUUCCUUCAGCUCUCAAAAGGUGCGCUUGGUAAUUGCUGAAAAGGCAUUGAAGUGCGAGGAACAUGAUGUAAGUCUGCCCUUGAGUGAGCACAAUGAACCUUGGUUUAUGCGUUUGAACUCAACCGGAGAAGUGCCUGUCCUUAUCCACGGGGAACACAUUAUUUGUGAGGCCACUCAGAUCAUUGAUUAUCUUGAACAGACUUUCCUGGAUGAAAAAACACCCAGGUUGAUGCCUGACCAAGGAAGCAUGUAUUACCCACGGGUCCAGCAUUAUCGAGAGCUGCUGGACUCCUUGCCAAUGGAUGCCUAUACACAUGGCUGCAUUUUACAUCCCGAGUUAACAGUGGACUCCAUGAUCCCAGCUUAUGCAACAACAAGGAUUCGCAGCCAAAUUGGUAACACAGAGUCUGAACUAAAGAAGCUUGCUGAAGAAAACCCAGAUUUACAAGAGGCUUACCUUGCCAAGCAGAAGAGACUUAAAUCAAAGCUGCUUGACCAUGACAAUAUCAAAUAUUUGAAGAAGAUUCUUGAUGAAUUGGAGAAAGUCUUGGAUCAGGUUGAAACCGAAUUGCAAAGAAGAAAUGAAGAAACCCCAGAAGAAGGACGUCAGCCUUGGCUCUGUGGAGAAUCCUUCACCUUGGCAGACGUCUCUCUUGCUGUCACAUUGCAUCGACUGAAGUUCCUGGGGUUUGCAAGGAGAAACUGGGGAAAUGGAAAGCGACCAAACUUGGAAACCUAUUAUGAGCGUGUCUUGAAGAGAAAAACAUUUAACAAGGUUUUAGGACAUGUCAACAAUAUAUUAAUCUCUGCGGUGCUGCCAACAGCGUUCCGGGUGGCCAAGAAAAGGGCCCCAAAAGUUCUUGGCACCACCCUUGUGGUUGGUUUGCUUGCAGGAAUGGGAUAUUUUGCUUUUAUGCUUUUCAGAAAGAGACUUGGCAACAUGAUAUUAGCACUUAGACCCAGAACAAAUUAUUUCUAGGUUUGUAGGGAUCUAGGGGUGGCAACUCAUCCAACCAUUCAGCAAGACCCUGUGUACUCUCCAGGCCCGGUGAAGAAUGAUCCUGGGCAACUAGUUAAAAGCAUAAUUUACUUUCCUUUUUGGGUAGUUUAUGUGGGGAGAGGAGGCAAUGAAAAUGUUUUUGUGAGCUGGUAAUUUUGAGAUGACUUAUUUGCAAAUCUGAAGUAAUCCAUCCUUAAAACUUGUGUGCAAGGUCCAGAUAUGUAAAUAAUGACAGGUAGAGAGCAAACCUUUCGCUCAAAUGUCAGCUCAAAUUCUGAGUUAUUUUUUUUGGAGAAGUUAUCCUUAUGAGCAGACUGGAGUAGUGACCUGUGAUUGCCCAUCGCCAUUCCUUUCAUGCCAUCUGGAUGUGCUGAGAGUUGAACAGUCAGUGAUAUUUCCUUCUUAGGUUCAGACACCAUUUUUUGUUAGACAUCAUAGACAUUAGACAGCAGCAGGGUACAGAGGUACUUCAUACUACCUAGCUGCUAGUUUUAGGCAGAAAUAAGGGAGACAAAGGCAAAGGGGAGGGGAGAGGGGAGAAUAAAGCCUCUAAUAGUGAAACGCCCAGAAUGCAACCUCCACGUGCCUCUAGUGCCGAUCCCCUUAGUAAAAAUGACAUUUAACUACUUACAGCCACUUCCCUCACAUCCAUCCUCUUAUAGUUGAGCAUUUUUGGGGAAAGAGGAUCAGGGAGUCACUGGGGGGAGUGGAUUAGAGAGAAUUCCAGGCUUUACAUUUGCAGCAACUCAUUUGACCUUAGUGUUCAUUUCAAAUGCAUAUAAAUCCCACCCAUUGAUUUAGUAUAUUAGUUGCCUAUAUAUGGAUGUGAGAUGCCCACUGGAACAUGACAGCCUGGCAUGAAAACCCAAAGGGAUAUUACAAAAAUAGGGUUCCUUUGUCCCUCCUCAUUUCCCCCCAAUUAGAUGGUACCUGUGAGAAAUCUUUCCUAUGGCCAGUUGUGUUCAAUUGCUAGGAGCAGGGCCUGGCCUGCCCAUCCCUUUUAUGUGCACAUCUGGCAUGUAGAUGAAUGUCCUAGCUAGUCACUAGCACAGCAUAGGAUUGGGUGGUGGAUACUUUGAUAGUCCUGAGCUAAAUAGGCUCAUGUUGGAGGUCGAUGUUUUCAUGCAAAAAUGCUUAUCCAGAGCUUGCACCUUUUUUUGAUCAUCAAGAAAGUCUCUAAGGUUACAGAGAAGAGAAAGGUCUAGUCUUAGCCCUUGGCAUUUAUUGUAAAGGAGAUGAAAUAACUGGAUAGAGGGUGAUAUUCCCUGUAUUCACUCAGGUAUGUCUAGGCAUUUUGGGGUGGGUGCCUCCGUCCAUCUGGAAGGGACAAUCUGAGUGUGUCCAUGAACAACCAUGAAACUGCAUCAUGCAGUUUGUGCAUAGGAAAAAGCUUUCAUGGUGACAUGGAAGAUGGGGUUUCUCUGGAGCCAGCCAGAAAGGCCUUGGGAACAGUAUCAGGUCUCUGGUGAGGAGUACAGAGAAUGAUGAGCUAAGGCUCCAGUGAAUAACAAAAGCUUGCUUUGGAUUACCUAAGAUUAACUGCAAAAUAGCUAAAGAAUGUGCUGACUUUUUCACUAAUGGGAAACAGUCUUACCUAGGAAACAGUAACUUUUUGAUGGUAAAAUCAUCCUAUAAUUCCAUUUCAUGCUCCAGUGGUUUUAGAAAAUUUUGAUUAACUGGAUGUUCCCUGUUUACAAAAAUUAGUAACAUCUCCAGAAUAGAAUCAUUCCAACAAUAAUUAGUAGGUGGGCAGCACUUAUAAUGUUUUAAUUUUGCACCUCAGUGCAUUGUUGUAUAUAGAGUAUUUGAACUUACCUGUUGCUGGGACAUUCCAUAUAUUCAUGAAAGAGCCACAUGAUUGUUUAAGAAUUCUUUAUGUCACCCUGUUAAAAGCAAGAACAUAGAUAUGA